AUGCGACGAAGCGACGAAGUUGAACGUGUUCGGUCUGAUCCCAGUCGCGAAUCAUUCGUUGAAGAAAACAGUCAUAAUUUAGAUGGUAAUGAAGACCUAAACAAAGAUGAGACAUCACAAAUAGAUUUUAAUGAAGAUAAGGAAACUAAAGAGCUUUCUAUCAAUGAAGAAAAGAACCAGUCGCCAAAACGACCAGCAAAGCGAAGUAGUAUGAAGCGACCAAGGAAGGAGCAAGAUCGUGCAGAUGUGGCAUUCAAUGAGCUUUUAGCAAUCAAGGAAAAAAUAGUUACAAGAAAUUCCAGCUGUGUGAGUCGAGAUGAGUGCACCGUAUAUGGCGAACUCCUUGCCAUAAAGUUACGAAGGCUGGAUGGACGUACACAACGCUUAGCUAUGCAUAAAAUAGAUAUCAUGUUUGAUCUGACUUUCGAUUCAUCGAUGUUACCGUCACCCAGGUCUUCCUCUUCCCAUUCAUCCCAUAUUAUUACCACACCUCUGCCUUCACCUGGCUCUUCAUGUGCACAGUAUUCCCCUCAAUCACAACCUGUUAUUGCCAUACCUCUGCCUUCUCCUGGCUCUUCAUGUGAAGUUUUUAUGAACAGUCGAACAGUCGCUACAUAACUCUGCAGCCACCUUCUGCUGUAAAUGAAGCUUCUCAGCAGCAAUUAUCUCUAAUAUUGCAAUCUAGCUCACAGGAUAUUUUCCAAACACAAAAAUUUCAGUCUACAAAUCAUACCAAUGAGCAAUCCCAAUGUUUAGCGGAACCUGAAGAUGAAAUAUCUCACUGGCC